AUGCAGAGGCGGAUUGUUCUUGAGGUGAGUCCGUCUGAGAUUCUGAAUCGCCAGCCUUGCCUUCUAUUAACAGCCGUACAGCUAUCUCGCCGCCAUGGGCCCGAAUGGUCGUGCCCAGCCAGGUCCAGAAUCGCAACCUUUACUCCGACACUUUUUUACGUUCCCCGACGGAGCUUUCGUUCGUCCCUAGCAUCCCUCGAUUCGUCGUCUGAGCCUCCCUCCACACCAAACGCGAAUGAAGAUGGAUCAGCAUCUCGGCCGUCGUGGGGUGGUUCAAAGUUCGGUGGUGCUCGUUGGGGAGUAAAGCAGGCACAGAAACCGGUCGUAUUGAGCCCUGCAGAGCAAGCGCUCCGUGAUUCAUUGGUAGCAAAGAAGAACGCCGAAGAGGAGGCACAGCGACAAAAACAGGAACAGGAGAAUGCCGCGCGACGCAAUAAUACAAAUAACCUCCGUCGGACGCUGAAUACACAUCAACCUGAGCGACGCCCGGGUUUCCAGAAGCGGCAGCCCGAAAAGAAGACCGAACAGAACCCUCGAAGAAAUGGGCCAAACCUACGAUCCAUCGACUGGAUUUGUCCUGCGUGCAACUACGACUGUUUCGGAAAGCACUCCAUUUGCCCUCGCUGUGACACCCCGAGACCUGGUGUGGAUGGGACCGCACACCAGGCGGCUCGUCGAUCGAUGCUGGCGGAGGACGUUCGCCGGACAUGGCUAGGGGGAAACGCGAGCAAGAUCCGAAAGUUGAAGCAAGUGUUCGAUCAUGAACCUGAGGCCCAAGAGUCGGCGCAGCCGACAACAAGGGCAGAGGAUACCAGGGCCAAGGCUUUUGAGCAACAUCUAGGCGCCAAGGGUUCCUUGCCCGAGUCAUCUUCUGGAUCAGAACAGAAGCCAGCGCAGCAAGGAUCGGACCAGGCACAGGAAGCUUCAGAAGCGAGCGAAAAGCGACCCCAGGAUCAAGAAGCAGGCAAAUCGUCGAAAACAGUGGCCGAUCCGUGGACAUGGGAUCAGUCCGCGUUGGAGAAACUUCAGCAGACUUACGACGCCGAGGUGCAACAGCCGCGGGAAGCUAAGAAAAAGGCAGGUCGCAAGCCUCGCGAAGCUGCGCUUGAGGAUGAGGAGUUUGACCCAGAAGACGACCGACGCCGUCGCCGGGAGGACCGGAAACGCCAGAAGAAAGCAAAGGCUCGUCAGAAAGAGCUCGAGGCGGCAGCUCCCAGUCCUCUGUACCUUCCAGAAUUCAUCAGCGUCAGCAAUCUUGCCGAUGUUAUUGGUGUGCGACCGGCCCAAUUCGUUCAGAGAAUGGAGGAUAUGGGCUUCGAGGACGUCUCGUACAACCAUAUCCUCGAUGCAGAAACUGCGGGCCUGAUCGCUAGCGAGUACAAUUUUGAGCCGAUCUUCGAGACGGGAGACCAGGACCUAACCGCUGCUCCCGAGCUUGAAGAUAAGUCCCACCUACCGUCUCGACCGCCAGUAGUGACCAUCAUGGGCCACGUCGAUCACGGCAAAACGACUAUUCUGGACUGGCUUCGCAAAUCGUCCGUCGCUGCAUCCGAGCACGGGGGUAUCACGCAACAUAUCGGUGCCUUCUCCGUAGCUAUGCCUUCGGGCAAGACCAUUACCUUCCUGGACACCCCUGGCCACGCAGCCUUUUUGGAUAUGCGCCGCCGUGGAGCCAAUGUCACCGACAUUGUUGUGCUGGUUGUUGCAGCGGAUGACAGUGUCAAGCCCCAGACUAUUGAGGCGAUCAAGCACGCCACUGAAUCUAACGUUCCGAUUAUCGUGGCGAUGAGCAAGAUUGACAGGGAAGGUAUUAAUACAGAAAAGGUCAAGCAAGACUUGUCCGUACAUGGGGUUCACGUAGAGGACUACGGAGGCGAUGUCCAGGCGAUUGGUGUGAGUGGUAAAACUGGCCAGGGAAUGCUGGAACUCGAGGAGGCCAUUGUCACCCUCUCCGAGGUUCUUGAUCACCGAGCCGACACUACUGGCACGGUUGAGGGCUGGGUGAUUGAAGCCACCACGAAGAGCUAUGGCCGUGUUGCGACGGCCCUGAUCCGACGUGGCACUCUGCGACCGGGUGAUAUCAUCGUUGCUGGUUCAACAUGGGCUCGUGUUCGCACGCUGCGCAAUGAGGCGGGUGUUGCGGUCCCCGAAGCUACUCCUGGCAUGCCAGUGGAGAUUGACGGCUGGAGAGAGCAGCCCUCUGCAGGCACUGAGAUCAUCCAGGCUGAGGACGAGCAGCACGCCAAGGAAGUUGUCAACUACCGGCAGGAGAAGUCGGAUACUCAGAAACUGAGUGAAGAUACAACCGCGAUCAACGAAGCGCGUCGCGAACAGGUUGAAAAGCGCAGGCAGGAAGAAAGCGAAGGAGAUGCGGCUUUCAAUGCGAGCCAGUCUACCUCUGGCCCCAAGCCGGUGCAUUUCAUCAUCAAGGCCGAUGUGGGCGGUUCCGCCGAGGCUGUCUUGAACUCGGUGACGGCCAUUGGCAACAACGAAGUAUACCCCAAUGUGCUUCGCUCCGAAGUUGGGCCUAUCAGUGAGUUCGACAUUGAGCAUGCGGCUACAGCGAAUGGCAACAUUAUUUCUUUCAACAUGCCAAUCGAUCCACACAUGUCGCGCAUGGCGGAAAUGCGCGGGGUCAAGAUCAUGGAUCACAACAUCAUCUACAAGCUCAUCGAUGACGUUAAAGCGACUCUCAGCGAGGAGUUGGCGCCGUCAGUCACCCAGCGCGUCACGGGUGAAGCGGAGAUUGGUCAGAUCUUCGAGAUCACGCUCAAGGGAAGAGAGAAGACCGCCAUUGCGGGAUGUAAGGUCCGCAACGGAGUGAUUAACAGAGCCAGAAAGGUGCGGGUGUUGAGAGGACAGGAAACGAUCUAUGAUGGCUCGAUCACUUCUCUCAAGAACGUCAAGAAGGACGUGACCGAAAUGCGCAAAGACACAGAAUGCGGCAUCGGCUUCGAGGGCUGGACCGACUUUGCAGUUGGCGACCACAUUCAAUGUUACGAGGAGAUCUACGAAAAGAGAUACCUCUAA